CGACGUUUGAGGUUAGGGCAGGGAUAUAACCAGGAACAUGAAGCUUCAUUAGAUUUACAAAGUUUAAAUAGGAUCAGUUUGACUCGCCACUAAGUUCACCGUUGAAACCUUUCCAGAUCAACCAUCACUUAUACCUCAAAGCUCUUUUCGCAUAUUACUUGCAAUUAUUCACCAUGUCAAGAGACAAAUACUCAGCCGAGGUCGACAAGAUCUGGAAAGAGCAUCUUAUAGAUCAGCCUCCGCAGACUCCUCAACAAAUUAAAGCUGGUAAAGCACUCAUUGAGCUUUUCCUAGCGACGUUCGUGUACCAUGACUACGAUCGCACCCGUGAGCUGGUCUCUAAGGAUUACAUCCAGCACAAUCCCUCGCUUGGAACUGGAGUCGAUUCAAUCAUCGAGUUCGCCGAGAGAGAAACCAGAGAGCCCAACAGACCUUUCCAAUUCAACUGGAAGCGCAUUUUCGUGGACGGAAACUACGUGAUUGCCCACAAUCAUGUCGAGACUGGUGAUGGAACUGACGGCGUGAGAGUGGUUGAGAUACUUCGAUAUGAGAAUGGAGUUUUUACGGAGCACUGGGACACUGUCACCCCUGUUCCUCCUAAGUCAGAGUGGAAAAACCAGAAUGGAGUUUUCUGA